GUUUGUAAUUGAAAGUACCAUUGUAAUUUAACAUGGUUAUAUAAGUUUAGUACUUGAAUUAAUAUACUAAAGGAGUAAAAUGAAGUUUUCUCUUUGAUCAAGUAUCUCUUCAGUGUUGGGUGCUGGUUUUUAGUCGAUGUGAGUGGGGGAAGUUCUCCUUAUGACUUGUGCUAUGGCAAGUCGAGGGGCUCUUGCAAAGGUCCUUAAUCUUUUUAAUGUUUCUAGGCUUUUGCCUAGCCUUGGAGGUCUAUGGUGGGAUGGUUGCCCUUGAUGGAAUUGGUGGCUAUUCUUGCAAUGUAUAGGGGACUUUGGCGAUUCUUUCUAUAAUUUAAUGCGUAUUUUUAUGGAAUUGGCAACAUUCUCAAAGUGGUGUUUAGUUCAUCUGUGAGGGGCGAGGUAUCAACCCUUCGGUAGUUUUGUCCUGAUGGCCUUACUGUUUAUGGAAACCGUUUACGCAGAGUACGUGACGUGGAUAUGAAGCGCGAUUAUGCCUUUGUUGAGUUUAGUGAUCCUCGUGAUGCUGAAGAUGCAAGAUAUAGCUUAAAUGCACGAGAUGUGGAUGGUAGUCGAAUUAUUGUUGAGUUCGCAAAGGGGGGACCACGGGGUCCAGGUGGUUCGCGGGAGUCACGUGACUUUGGCAGCAGAGGACCAGCCCCAGGAUCAGGAAGAUGUUUUAAUUGUGGAAUUGAAGGCCACUGGGCUCGAGAUUGCAAAGCAGGUGACUGGAAGAACAAAUGUUACCGCUGUGGAGAGCGGGGCCAUAUAGAAAGGAAUUGUCAAAACAGCCCCAAGAAACUUAGCAGACGCGGUCGAAGCUACUCGCCCUCGGGAUCGCCACGCCGGCGUUCACCAUCUCCUCGUCGAGACAGAAGCCGUAGCCGUAGUUUUAGUAGGAGCCGUAGCUACAGUCAGUCUAGAUCUCCACCAAAAAGAGAAAGAGAUAUCGAGCGUGCUGGUCGGUCAAGGAGCCCUCGUCCAAGCAAGAGCCCUGUCAAAAGCAGGAGCCCUAUAAGAAGCAGAAGCCCCAAACGACAGAAAAGCUCUCCUCUGUCAUCAAGGGGCAGGAAACGCUCUCCAACACCCGAUGAUAGGAGUCCUGAAGGCAGAGGUAGAUCCUCUGAUAGGGAUGAGAGACGUGCCAAUGGAUCUGAUUAUGCUGGUAGCCCAAGGUCAAGGAGUAGAACCCCUGUCAAAGAAGGUGAAAGAGAGAGCCCUAGGAAUGGAGAUGCUCGAAGUCGUAGCCCCUUUGAAGAAAAUGGCCGAGAUCACAGUGCCAGCCCUGUUGCUAGGAAUGACAAGAAUGGUAAGGAAGAUGACAAUGACGACUAUGAAGCUUCUCCUAGGGGCAGUGAAUGAUCGGAGAUACUAGUGUUUUUUUUUUUUUUUUUUUUUUUUUUUUACUUUUUAAUAUCUUGUGUUCACAACUAAAGCUGUUUACUGGAAGGAUGUCGCAUUUGCCUUGGUUUAAACUCUGUUGUUAUUACAUAGAAUUUUUUGUUCUCAUUCAAUUGUUUAUGUAUCUGAUAGUUUUUGUUGGAUUAUUUUGCUGAAUAAUGACCUGUUUUAACACCUUUCAUAUUGAUGGUAAAUGGCAGGCAGAUGUUAAGUACUUAAGUGUUAACUGUUAAGGUUUUAAGUUUGCA